UCUCUCUCUUGCUGUAUUAUUCAUUCUCAUCUCUCUCUCUCUCUCUCUUUCUUUCUCUCUCUAAAACCCUCAAAACACAAAAAGCACAUUUUCAAUUUUCUCUCUCUAGAAAAAACAACACAAACCCUACACUCACACUCAAGCUUCUUCCGUCAACUCGCACAACAAAAGCGAUGGAAGCGAGGGUGAAUGCAAGGAAGAGGCAAGUUUUGGACAACGAUAUUGAUGUGGUGUAUAGAUUUAAAGUCCUGUUGCCAAAUGGGACAAGUAUAGGAUUAACAGUGCGGGACCCUGAACCUGAAAUGCCCUUUGAGGACUUCAUCGCUAUGGUGAAAGAUGAAUACUUUCAAGCUCGGAAGCAGUACGAAUCAAUGAGGUUAAAAAAGCAUAUAAAUUGGAAGGGUGGUCACUUCUAUCUUGAGGACGCGAAUGGUAACAAGACAAAAAAAAUGAUUAAGUUUGAGAGUUUUAAGCCUCACAAGUGUCACAUUUUACAGCUUCAUGAUGCCUCUGGUGAGACUGCUCAUACCUUUGAGAAUAUGUGGGACUUGACACCAGAUACUGAUCUGUUAAUGGAGCUACCAGAGGAAUACAAUUUUGAAACUGCUCUUGCUGAUUUGAUAGAUAAUUCCUUGCAAGCAGUAUGGUCCAACAGUAAAAAUGAUAGAAGACUGAUAAGUGUGAGUAUUGCUGCAGAUAAGAUUUCUAUUUUUGACACUGGCCCUGGAAUGGAUGGAAGUGAUGAAAACUCUAUAGUGAAGUGGGGUAAGAUGGGUGCCUCACUUCACAGAUCAUCUAAAGGACAGGCAAUAGGGGGCAAGCCUCCAUACUUAAGGCCUUUUUUUGGCAUGUUUGGAUAUGGAGGACCUAUUGCAUCUAUGCAUCUGGGGAGGCGUGCUUUAGUUUCUUCCAAGACAAAAAGUUCUAAAAAGGUCUACACAUUGCACCAUAAAAGAGAAGCUUUACUCAGCAGUUCUGGUACUGAACUUACCUGGAAGACUGAUGGUGGAAUGAGGAAUCCCUCCGAAGAAGAAAUUGGAGAAUCACAGCAUGGGAGCUUUACUAAAGUUGAGAUUUUUGAGCCAAAAAUAAAUAGCUUUGAAAUAUUUAAACUCCAAUGCAAGCUGAAAGACAUCUAUUUUCCAUACAUUCAGUGUGAUGAAGUGUUGAGCUCAGGGAGGACUAUUACACCAAUAGAGUUUCAGGUUAAUGGUGUUAAUUUGGCUGAAAUUGAAGGUGGGGAGGUUGCAAUAACCAACUUGCAUUCCUGCAAUGGACCUGAGUUUAUUUUGCAGCUUCGUUUUUUUUAUAAGCAAGACAACGCUGCAACCAGAAGUCCAGGUUCAAAAACAUAUCAAGAAGCUAAUGCACGCCUGAAGUGUGUCUAUUUUCCAGUCAUGCAGGGAAAAGAGAGUAUUGAGUUGAUUUUGGAGAAACUAGAAGCUGAAGGAUGCAGUAUCACAGAAAACUAUGACACCUUUAGUCGUGUCUGUAUUCGACGGCUGGGUCGUUUACUUCCAGAUGCUCGCUGGACAUGGCUUCCUUUUAUGGAAUUCAGACACAAAAAGGGAGAUAAAUCCCACUUACUGAAGAGAUGUUGCUUAAGGGUUAAAUGCUUUAUUGACACUGAUGCUGGUUUCAAUCCAACACCUUCUAAGACUGAUCUAGCUCACCAUAAUCCCUUUACUACUGCUCUAAAGAACUUUGGAAAUAAGCCGCCAGAAAAGGAAAAGGAGGUCAAAGAGGUCAAUGUUGAAAUUUAUAGAGAUGGAAAACUGUUGACUCCUUUGCAAAUGGAGAGAGAGUAUCAAGAUUGGAUUCUUCAGAUGCAUGAGCAUUAUGAUGAAGAAACUGACUCUGGCGAGGAUCAAGCUGUUCUUGUUGUCAACCCUGCAAACAAAAAGGCACUUGGAAUUUCAUCAGAUGUCAUAAGGGUGCAUCAGGUUUUAAAGAGGAAGGGAAAAUCAUGGGAAUCUGGGCAGAAAAUCAAGGUUCUCAAGGGAGCAUGUGCUGGGUGCCAUAAAAACAAUGUCUAUGCAACACUAGAAUACUUCCUGAUUGAAGGAUGUAAAGGUGAUGUGGGUGGGGAAGCUCGAAUUAUAUGUAGGCCACUAGGACUGCCAGAAGAUAAUGCCUGCAUCCUUGUAGUCAAUGAUGGGAAUCCCAGUUUUGAUAUUCGUGGCUCUUUAUCCCUACCCAUUGAUGUGAUUGAUUCUGGAAAGUGCCUUGCUAUUGAAAGUAUUGAGUGGAACUACCAGCUUGAUAAACUACGCCAGAAAUCUCCUUCAACAAUUGGUUUGCUGAGUGAAAAACAAUGUCUAGAUCUGGAGGUUGAUGGGGAAUUACCUGUUGAUGGUCCAGUUCAUGCAGGACAAGUUCCUCCAACAGAAAUUGUGGCGGUUGUACGGCCUACCGAUUUUGUUUCUUCUUUUACUUCAAAAAACUUGGAUCAGAAGUAUAUUGUCAAGAUCAAUUUAGAGAUGUCUAUGGAAAUUAAAUUUUUAAAAGAAGCUGAGCAUCCUGACGAUGCUCACCAUAUUUAUUCAGGAUGUGUAACACCUUCAUCACGUAAAGGAUUUCAUGGUUUAUAUAUCUUUCCUUUGGGUUGCAAGUUUCCGGAAUUAUUUCAAAAGGCUGGUCUCUAUACAUUUAAAUUCUCUCUUAAGGAUUCGACUUGUAAUAAUUGUAUCAAAAGAGUGCUAGUUAAGGCAUCUUCCGAGGUGGGCAAGUGGGAGCUUUUGGAUGGUGAGCGGAAUCCACAAUAUAACGUGAGGGUUGGUUCAUGUUUCCCACCUUUCUAUUUGGGAUGUUUUGACAUUUAUGACAAUCGAACUACAUUCACACAUACUCCCAAAGUGAGGAUCAAAAUUCAUACAAUCAAGGGUGUGCUUGUCCACGUUAAGAAAAUGAGUACUGAACUUUCACGUGAUAAAUUAACCCUAAAAGUGAAGGAUGUACUGAUUGAAAGCAAUGAGUUAGACAAUAUCAGGCCAAGUUAUGAAGCAACUUUGAUGAUAUGUCCAGAGAAGGAAUUGUUCUCAGUCUCAGUUCCAUGUCAAGUUUGUCCUGGAUCUUUACAGCUUGUCAAGGCCCAGCCACCAAUGUUAGAAAACAGACUGCUUCCAGGCUGCAUGGUUAAGCAGCUCCUAUUAGAGAUGUUUGAUGCAUAUGGUAAUCACGUGUCAAAAGGCUUGGAAGUUCAGUUGGAUGUGGACGGAUUUCAUAUGCUAGAUCAAACAGAUCAAAUAAGUCCCAAGCGUAAGGUUGAUGAUAAUGGAUGCAUUAACCUUGGUGGCCUCUUGAAAGUGAUAGCAGGAUUUGGAAGUAAAGCUUCACUUUCUGUUUUAUCUGGCCAUGAAGUUGUUUUCAAGCAGGAGCUUCAAAUUGAAAAAAGGGAAUUGAGGAUUGCAUCAAGGGUACCUGAGUUUUGUACUGCUGGUACUGAACUGGAAAAUAUCAUUUUUGAAAUUGUCGACUCUGAGGGUGAUGUUGAUGAGACUAUUCAUGACGAAGAUAAGUAUGGGCAAUCUCACACUCUCACUAUAAAGUCAGAGUCAUUCAAUACUGAGGAAUCUAUUCGGUACACUUUUAAACAUGGGCGCUGCACUGUUCCUGCUAUUCCCCUCCCUCAAAAGAAUGGGAUGUUUUGCUUUGAAGCUUCUCAUUCUCGUCACCCAGAGCUAAAUUUGAGUGUUCAGGUUUCUGUGCAAGCUCCAAAAGUGGAGUAUGAUGAUAUUCAGUCUCCAUCUAUAGAUGGAAAUGUCUUGCUCCUUCAGGACUCAUCUUCUCUAAAGCAAGUAGAAAAAGUCAUGGUGUCCAUGAUAAAUAAUGAGAAGAAACUUGAGGAUAAAAUAAUUCAAAUUGGUUAUCGCAUUGGGAAUCUGGAGAAGCAACUGAAUACACAUUCUAAAAGGAAGGAAGAAGUCGAGCAAGAUUUGUUUCAAUUGCAAGCAUCUGUCAACCCAAAGUACUUUCCCACAAAAGAGGAACUGAUAAAUUGGAUAGAAAGCAUGAAUCACUCUGCAGCGGCUGUCCUCUGCAGUCUUUCAAGAGAAUUCUCCUUCCAAGAGCAGCCAAAUUAUUUCUUGGAAGAUAUAAUUGGCCUGGUUGCACUUCUGGGUACAGUUUGCACCAACAAUCUUAGCAGGAUUUUAGCAGAGUACUUGGGUGAAGAUCAGAUGCUUGCUGUUGUCUGUAGAUCCUUUGUGACUGCAAGUGCUCUUGAGAAUUAUGAACAAAAUGGAGAAGUGGAUUGUGGGCAAGCCCUUCAUGCAGCAGCAGCUGCACGUGGAAAUUCUAUUAACGGUCGAUUUCUUGUUAUUUGCCUUGAAGAUCUAAGGCCUUAUUCUGGGAAGUAUGAAGGUAGUGACCCUCAGAGGAAGCUGGCCUUGCCGUAUCCUACCUUGCCUAGGGGGAAUGUGCCAAGAGGUUUCAUUGGGUAUGCGGUUAACAUGAUUGACUUAGACAUUGAUCAUUUACACACAAGAACUGCUGCAGGCCAUGGUCUUCGGGAGACAGUACUGUAUCGUCUUCUAGGAGAGGUUCAAGUAUAUGAAACCAGGGAAUGCAUGUUAGAAGCCCGUCGUUGUAUAAAGCAUGGUGCUGUAUCUCUGGAUGGUGGCAUUUUAAGAGAGAAUGGAGUUAUUUCUCUUGGAUAUGGGGAUCCUCGUAUAUGUUUUCCAGUUGUCACACCAGACAGUGAGUCCUCGGCAGGAAAUGUGGAGGUCAUGAAAUUAAUUGAAGAAAAAAAGGAGGAGUUGGAAGUGAUCACCAGUUCUAUUGGGAAGAUGACUAAAUCCCAUGAAAAAUCUUUGAAGAAGUUCAAGAAGAAGAAAGAAAAGUACGACAAGUUCAUGGAUAAUAUGGAACCUGUGUUAAAAGACUACUAUCUGGAAUAUAAAUCCAAGAGCAAGUCAUAUAACUCACCUUGCUGAUGUACGUUGUCCUAGUUACUUUUGUAGUGCAGUAAAUCUCUUCUUUUUUUUUUUUUGACUGAGUGCAGUAAAUCUCUAUAAUGCUUGUAAAUAUCCAUAGAACAGGUUUUUGCUUAAAAGGUAAUUUUAUAUUUGUAGAUGUCACUUUUGGAAAACUACCAGAACCCUGAGAAUUUUACUGCUAGCACAACUCCAAAAUUCAUAGGAUCAA